CCUUGGACGCAAUGCGCGCCGUGAGAGGCGACGAAGAAGGUAAGGAACUGGAGGCAAUGAGUUGAAGGGGAUGUUGGUACCAGCCUGUACUAUGUACACUUCAAGCGCUCCUCCCUGCAGCACCCUUCAACUCACUUGGCCAUUUCGAACGCCGUCACAAAGUAUGCCUCUAUCCGUCAUGGUCCCAGGUCAUCACUCUAUCAGUUGAACACGGCUUGCCGACUCGAACGCGGCCCGAAACGACCGGUGGACACUUCCAUCUCGCUCCUCUCGGUUAUACGGAGUCCCUAGCUCUUUCAUCACCCGUGUAUCAUAUUGCGCAUCCAUACACUUGCUCAAGCAUCCUCGCAUGCUUGUCUUAGGGCCCGCGUACGUGGAAUAAUAUGGGACGCGACGGUUUCCGGACGUCAAUAUCACUGGCGUCGACCGGAAUCGGCAGCAUUAUUGGACGUAAAUUCGGGCUCUGCUAGUGUGAGGUCGCACGCAGGAUGAAUGGAAAUAGCCAAAGCUCACUGGGCGUUAACGCCAGCUCGGUGGCACAAAAACUCCGAUCCCCUUGGAGACUCCCGUGAGCUACGUCCGUGCACUGCUACACCCGCUUCGUUCGUCACAUUAGUCGCUAGAGACGAGAAAGUCAGCCGUCUGUUAAAAAGAUCAAUUCCCAGGCAUACGAGGCCUUCGAACACUAGCAAGCUCUUCUCCUCUCUACACUCUCAAACUCCAACGUAUCUCUCUACUAUUCAGCAUGCGCCUCGCGAUUCCACUCGGUCUCCUGGCGACUCCUUUCUGCGUCCUCGCGGCCCCCGCUCCCCGAUCAACCCCACAAGAGUCCGAAGACGUCCAACCGGCCUGGGCGUUCUUCCGAGAGCAAUGCCGGAUCGCCUGCUCAGAGAAUUGGUGCGGCAUGAAGCCGGAGAACCCACCGUCUGGAUGGCGACCGCCAGCUGCUUGUCAGCAGCAGUGUGAAUGGCUCUGCAAGGGAGACACGUACAUCUAGCGUAGCGUCGCUCGAGACAGAAUACUCGCGUCUUAGCGACUCCCUCGCUCGACAGAGCUCACCGCUAAAGGAUUCAACGUCGGCACACGCCCGACCGCUAGGGUCGGGGUGAUAUGCAGGGUACAUUUUUGUCGAUAGGUGUUUCUCCAGCAAAGCAG